AUGGCGACGCCGGAGGUUGCGACGCCGGUGGAGGCGCCUGAUCCCAAGCAGACGGCGAUCAGCGAGUAUGGACGGCUCAUGCUGCAGCACAAGGAGCUCGACGCGAGGGUUCGUAAGCUCCGCGACGAGGUGAAGGACACCAAGAAGCAGUUCGAUAAGACUGAGGACGACCUCAAGGCGCUUCAGAGCAUGGGGCAGAUCAUCGGCGAGGUGCUCCGCCAGCUCGACGAGGAACGAUUCAUCGUCAAGGCGAGCAGCGGCCCGCGUUACGUCGUCGGCGUCCGAACGAAGCUCGACAAGGAGAAACUCGUCAACGGCACCCGCGUGGCGCUGGACAUGACGACGCUGACGAUCAUGCGCGCGCUGCCCCGCGAGGUGGACCCCGUGGUGUUCAACAUGCUCAACGAAUCCCCCGGGCACGUGGACUACUCGUCCAUCGGCGGCUUGAGUGAGCAGAUUCGCGAGCUGCGGGAGUCCAUCGAGCUCCCGCUGAUGAACCCCGAACUUUUCCUCAGGGUCGGCAUCGCGCCGCCGAAGGGGGUGCUCCUCUACGGCCCGCCCGGCACCGGCAAGACGCUCCUCGCCAAGGCGAUCGCCAGCAACAUCGACGCCAACUUCCUCAAGGUGGUGUCCUCGGCCAUCGUGGACAAGUACAUCGGCGAAUCCGCGCGUUUGAUUCGCGAGAUGUUUGGCUACGCCAGGGCGCACGAGCCGUGCAUCAUCUUCAUGGACGAGGUGGACGCCAUCGGCGGGAAACGGUUCAGCGAGGGAACCUCCGCGGACCGCGAGAUUCAGCGCACGUUGAUGGAGCUGCUGAACCAGAUGGACGGGUUCGACGUCUUGGGGAAGGUCAAGAUGGUGAUGGCGACCAACCGGCCGGAUGUGUUGGACCCCGCGCUCAUGCGGCCGGGGCGGCUGGACCGGAAGAUCGAGAUCCCGCUGCCCAACGAAGCGGGACGCGUGGAGGUGCUCAAGAUUCACGCGUCCAAGAUCAACAAGCACGGGGACGUGGACUACGAGGCCAUCUCGAAGAUUGCCGACGAUUUCAACGCGGCGGACAUGCGGAACAUCUGCACCGAGGCGGGCAUGUUUGCCAUUCGCGACGAUCGCGACUACUGCAUCCACGACGACUUCAUGAAGGCGGUGCGUAAGCUCGCAGAGGCGAAGAAGCUGGAGCCGGCGGCGAGUUACGACGAGACGUUCAAGAACACGGACUGAUGA